GAAGGCCAGCCGUGGUUGUGGUGUGACACCCCACUUAUCUGGUGCGGGGAGGGGGGGGUCGUUGUCAGCCCCUCUCCGGGCCGCCAUGGCGCGGCGGCUGCAGGACGAGCUGGCCGCCUUCUUCUUCGAGUAUGACACUCCCCGCAUGGUGCUCGUGCGCAACAAGAAGGUGGGCAUCAUCUUCCGACUGAUCCAGCUCGUCGUCUUGGUCUACGUGGUUGGGUGGGUGUUUGUCUAUGAGAAGGGCUACCAGACUUCGAGCGGCCUCAUCAGCAGCGUGUCUGUGAAACUCAAGGGCCUGGCCGUGACAAAGCUCCCAGGCGGGGGUCACCAGGUGUGGGAUGUGGCUGACUAUGUCUUUCCAUCCCAGGGAGACAACUCCUUUGUGGUCAUGACCAAUUUCAUCAGGACCCCUCAGCAGGCUCAAGGCUUCUGUGCAGAGAACCCAGAAGGGGGCACAUGCAGAGAUGACAGCGGCUGCACCCCAGGGAAGGCGGAAAGGAAGGCUCAAGGCAUCCGCACGGGCAAAUGUGUAUCCUUCAACACCACCGUGCACACCUGUGAGAUCUUUGGCUGGUGCCCUGUGGAGGUGGACGAUGAUAUUCCGCGCCCUGCCCUUCUCCGGGAGGCCGAAAACUUCACUCUCUUCAUCAAGAACAGCAUCAGCUUUCCACGCUUCAAGGUCAACAGGCGCAACCUGGUGGAGGAGGUGAAUGCCAGGUAUAUGAAGACCUGCCUCUAUCACAAGAUCACCCACCCACUGUGCCCCGUCUUCAGGCUUGGCUACGUGGUGCAACAGUCAGGCCAGAACUUUAACUCCCUGGCCGAGAAGGGUGGGGUGGUGGGUAUCACCAUCGACUGGGACUGUGACUUGGACUGGCACGUGCGACACUGCAAACCCAUCUAUGAGUUCCAUGGGCUGCAUGAGGAGAAAACUUUAUCUCAAGGCUUCAACUUCAGAUUUGCCAGGUACUUCGUGGAGAACGGGACCAGCCGCCGGAACCUCUUCAAGGUGUUUGGAAUUCGUUUUGACAUCCUGGUGAAUGGCAAGGCUGGGAAGUUUGACAUCAUUCCCACAAUGACCACCAUUGGUUCAGGCAUUGGCAUCUUCGGGGUGGCAACAGUUCUUUGUGACCUGUUGCUGCUCCACAUCCUGCCCAAGAGACACUACUACAAGCAGAAGAAGUUCAAGUAUGCAGAAGACAUGGGGCGAGAGGAGGGCAAUCAUGACCUUGCAGCCACCAGUUCCAGCCUGGAUCUGCAGGAGAACAUGAAGAAGUCCUGA